AUGGAUUUUGAAAAUUAUUCUUUGAGACGGCAAAACACUAAUUUACAAUAUGAACUCACGCUGACUCGCAAGAUUUUAAAUAUGCAAUUGGAGAUCGAUUCAUUAAGAGAAGAAGUUAAUGAACUUAGAGACGAGAAUACUAGGCUUAAAAAUGCAAUUAACUAUCAGGAAACUGGAAAACAAAAUAAGAUAGUAAGCUCUAGCGAAAUGCCUUAUUCUAAUGCCAAACGAUUCAUAAUAGAUUAUGUUUCAUUAUGGUCUGAAGACUAG